AUGUCCAUCCAGGUUCCCAUCGACCUGCUCACCUCGCGCUUCAGCAUGGGGGAGCGCUUCAGCAGCCUGCGCGCCAACACCAUUGGCAACCGCUUUGCCAACCUCAAGCCCCUCUCAGAGUUCCUCGACAUCAAGCGUGUGAACAAGCCCGAGAACUUUGUCGAGAUGCAAUCGCGUGUCAACUACAACCUCGGCCACUUCUCGAGCAACUAUGCCAUCGUCUUCCUGAUGCUCUGCGUCUACGGCCUCCUCACCAAGCCCUUGGUCUUGUUCGACAUCAUCUUUGUCACCGUGGGCAUGUUCAUCAUUGGCAAGCUCGACGGUCAAGAUCUCGAGUUUGGCACCCAGCGCUUCUCCACAAUGCAACUUUAUACCGGCCUUUGGGUCAUUGCGAUCCCAAUCGCCCUGAUUUCCGGCGUCUUCGGCCUCAUGAUGUGGUUGAUUGGCGCCAGUGGUGUGGUCAUUCUUGGCCACGCCGCACUUUUGGACAAGCCUAUCGAUGAGGCUUUUUCCGGGGAGGUGGUCUAG